AUGCCGAGGGCCCGGUGUUGGAGGCCGGAUGGACUCGGCACAACGGAGGUCUCCGGCGAGAGAGAGAGGAAGAACAAAACGCCCCCGCCUGCUACACGGCUUGAGACCCACGUGCACCGCUCCUUUAAAAUGCACGGGCCCUUUAACAGCUCGCACCGCGCCCACCCCCAGCUGGGGCUCGGCAGCAGGCGGGCGCGGGGAAGUGGGGACGCAGUGAGGCCGGAGGCCAGAGACCCGCUCCCGCUAUCCUUCCACGACCCAGUUCCGGGCCGGCCCAGCCGCCGCCCGCCGGGCACUCUCUUCUCUCUGCCCCCGCGCUGGCCGCAGAGGCCAGGAGCGCGGCACACGCAGGAGCCGCAGCCCCGUAGCCAGGGAAGGGACCGCGGCCAGGGGCCUGCGGAGGGCAGGGCCGAGCCCUCGGGGCACAGCCCCAUCCCGGGCCCUCAGCGCCGCAGGCGACAGGGCCCCGGCCUGGGCACCCCAGCACCGCCCGCUCACCUGCUCCACCGCCGCGCUCCGGCGGAGUUUACGCCGCUGGCGGAGCGCCCGGCCGGCCCAGGCCCCGCCCCGCGCCCGCCCGGGCCCCGCCCCGUGGGCGACGCCACGUUCCCUUGUCCACUGGGGCCCCUCCUGGAGUCCCGGGAGCGCAGGGAGGGUGCCCUUCGCGUCGCGCGGAUGACAGGAUCAACCCGACGUCGGAACUGGGCAGCGACCUUAGGAGUGGAAGCCGGGCCUGUCAUCUUCCUGCGGGCCUGGCAGCAGCGUGGGGCGCUCCUGGCAAUCACCAGUCUACUGCUGUCUCUCUAUUCACAUAAACGGAAUAACAGUGUGUGGACAUUUGCAUCCAGCUUCUAUCACUUAUGCCACCUGGGGAGAUGCUCCAGCCUGAGGGGGUGAAGCAAAGACAAGCCUCUGCACCAGUCCCCAGCUAACUGCCAGAAAGGAGAGGAAGAAAGAAAGAAAAAAAAGUGAAGGAGAGGAAAAAAGGAAGAAAAAGGGAGAGAGAACGGGAAUGUUGCUUUAUUCUAAAAAUGGGUAUUGAAAACCUCUUUUCUGCUAAUAAUUGUGCUUAAUAAUGGCCGAUCAAUAUUUCAUUUAAACCUAUGAGUAGGUGUGAUGUGGUACUGACAAGAAUGUAUAUUUUGUGUAUUUCAAGUGGAGAGCUCUAUAAAUGUUUAUUAAGUUUACUUGUUCCAGAUCUGAGUUCAAGUUCUGUAUAUCCUUAUUAAUUUUCUGUCUCAUUGAUCUAUCUAAUAUUGAUGUUGAAGUCUCCCACUAUUAUUGUGUGGGAGUCUAGGGAGUCUAAGUCUCUUUAUAGGUCUUAUGUAUCUGGGUGUUAGGAUCGUUAGCUCUUAUUGUUGCAUUGAUCCUUUUACCACUAUAUCUUUGUUGCUUUGAAAUCUAUUUUAUCAAAUGUGAGAAUUGCAACUCCUGCUUUUUAUUUAUUUAUUUAUUUUUGCUCUCCAUUUGGUUGGUAAAUCUUUCUCCAUCCCUUUGUUUUGAGUCUUUGUGUAUCCUUUCAUGUGAAAUGGGUCUGGAUGUAGCAUACCGUUGGGUUUUGGCUGUAUCUUUUGAUUGGGCGAUUUAGUCGAUUUAAAUUUAGGAUUACUGCCAUUUGAUGUUAACUGGCUGUUUUGUCCAUUCGUUGAUGUAAAUUCUUCUUUAUGUUGAUGCUCUUUACUUUUUGGUAUAUUUUUAGAAAGGCUAAUACUGGUUGUUCCUUUCUAUGUGUAAUGCUUCUUUAAAAGAAGCUCUUGUAAAGCAGUCCUGGUGGUAAUAAAAUCUCUGAGUACUUGCUUGUUCAUAAAAGAUUUUAUUUUUCCUUCGCUUGUGAAGCUUAGUUUGGCUGGAUAUGAAAUUCUGGGCUGAAAGUUCUGUUCUUUAAGAAUGUUGAAUAUUGGCCCCCCACUCUCUUCUGGCUUAUAGGGUUUCUGUUGAGAGAUCUGCUGUAAGUCUGUUAGGCUUCCCUUUGUGGGUAACCUGACCUUUCUCUCUGGCUGCCCUUAGUAUUUUCUCCUUCAUUUCAACCCUGGUGAAUCUGACGAUUAUGUGCCUUGGGGUUGCUCUUCUUGAGGAAUAUCUUUGUGGUGUUCUCUGUAUUACCUGGCGUUGAAUAUUGUCCUGCUUUGCUAAGUUGAGAAAGUUUUCCUGAAUAAUAUCCUGAAGAGUAUUUUCCAGCUUGGAUGCAUUCUCUUUGUCACAUUCAGGUACACCUAUCAAGUGCAAAUUAGGUCUUUUCACAUAGUCCCAUAUUUCUUGGAGACUUUGCUCAUUCCUUUUUAUCCUUUUUUCUCUAUUCUUGUCUUGUUGUGCUUAUUAAAGAUUAUUUCCCAUUAAAAAAAAAUUAGGCCAUAGAUUUUUUUUUUCUGUAUUUCGAUUUCUUUAGUGUAAAUCUGCCAAAGUAAAAUUAUUGGAGUCUAGGAAAAGCACUGUUUUUCUACUCAAAACACUUCUGAUGCCAAAUGUCUGGGGGUUUUCCUCACACUUAAUCAUUUCUUCACCUCUCUGUACACCAGCUGGGUGUCCUGGCAUUCAGCUCAAUUCUGACACUACCUACCUGGAGUUAGCGCAGACCUGACAGGCCCCCAGACUGCCCCUACUUCAGAGCCAAGCACAAGUCCCAGGCUCUGAUACUUCUAACCAACUUGAUUACAAAUUGGGGGUUCCCACAGCCUCCUUGUCAGGUUUAAUUUUGCUGUAGCAGCUCACAGAAGUCAGAGGAAACACUACUGAUGUCUCCUGGUUUAGUACAAAGUAUGUGCAGCUUGAUGAAGAGGUACCCAGGGCGAGGUCUGGAAGGGUCCUGAGCACAGGAGCUCCUAUCCCCAUGGAGUUGGGGUGCACCGCCCUCCUGGUACGUGGAUGUGUUCAGCAUCCUGGAAGCUCUCGGAACUCUGUAGAUGAGGGAUUUUGAUGUAGGCUUCGGUCCAGAGGCCCGAUCGAUUGUGCAUUCAGUCUCUAGCCUCGCUCUCCUCCCUGGAGGAUGAGGGGUUAAGGCUGAAAGUUCCAAGCUCCUAAGUGUGUCUUGGUCUUCCUAGUGCCAGGGGCCCACCCAGGGGCCCACCAAGAGGCACCUCAUUAGAACAAAAGAUCUUUCUACCAUCCAGGAAAUUCCAAGGGUUUUAGAUCUGUGUCAGGAAUUGGGGGCAGAGAUAAAUAUAUUUUUUCUUAUGUCACAUGGGGCUUUUGAAGUAUAUUCGCAAACUGCUUUCCAAAAGACUCGAAUGAAGGUUUACUCCCCUAUAGGAAGGUAUGAGAGUGUCUCUAUCCUGGCCAUUAUCACAUGUUGCAAUUAUUUAUAAAACUGCUUAUUUGAAAGAUUCAUAAAAGCCUCGAUGUUGUUUUAAUUUACAUUGAUUACUAGGAAGUAUGAAUUUUUCCUGUUUGGUUACCAGUUUCAUGAUCUCCUUUGUGAAAGGCCUGUCGUGGCCCUCACCUGUGUAUAUUUUGGUUUCUUGAUGCUUUUCUUAAUAAUUUAUGUGAACUUUUCAUGAUAAAGAUGUUGGCCCCAUUUCAAUAUUUACUAUAAAUAUUUUCCGAGCUAACACAAAGGAUCAGAUUAAACCAGAUUUACACAAAGCAGAGAUUGUUCCAGUAUUAAAUUUUAUGAAUACAAAUAACCAAGAGGCACAGGCAGCGUAGCGGGAGGCCUGUCCUUCCUGCAUCAGACACAGAUCCUCUGGCUCAGAGCAGCGUACGAGGUCUCUAAUGAGGUUUGCAGGUCACCUCACAGAGUGAGGAGCAUUUAGGUUGUGAAACAACUCCAUCUGACAGCUCAAACGGUUGUAUAACUCAUGUGAUCUUCUUCAGUCAUAAAUCCAUAGAUUCUAGGUUUGUCUGUCAUCAGCAAUUCUAAACUGAGACAUCGUGCCGAAAGAAUUCCACUGAUAAGCCCUCUCGUAGCAGAUAUCCAGUGAGCACCAUAUUUACUGCGGGCCUAGACAAACCUCCCGCUUCUUUCUCUCCCACUGUCCCCCACGGUAAACAGGGGAGAAGCGUGUCCUGGGCCCGCUGCUUUCAUUCUGUCUUCUCCACUUUCCAAGGCAGCUGUUUGCAUUUUAAUUUUUUUGAACUCUAGAUGUUUUUAAAACUUUCAUUAUAAUUAAGGGGAUUUCUGGUUCCAGUAAUGACAAAGUGGCUUAUAUCAGUCUGACCCUCUCACAGACAACAAUGAUAAACUUGAGACAAAGUGUGUUUAAAACAUAUUAUUUUAAGACAUUGAUAAGCAACCAAAAAGCAGGCAGCGAUCGGAGAGGAUUUGAGGAAGGCAACUGUACUUUGUCAAAUCAUUUUUAUGGCUUUCUCCUGACCAGUCUGUGACAGCCUGGGGGUUAGCUACAAGUCACGUACAAAGCCAAAGUUACAUUGGCUGUAGGUGCCAGAGGAUGGAGUUUGAGGCAGGCAGAGUAGCUGGAAAUUGAAGGAGGCAAUCAAUUCUGGAAAGGAGGAAAAGGAAGAAGCACAGCAGAGCGAGCCCCUCAAAUUUGCAUAUAAAUUCCCCCAAUCCAUGCCUGAUCCCUGAACUGCACCAGAGAUAAAGAAGGAUAUUGUAUAGUGACAAAAGAGAAUUCACUGGGAAGACACAGCUAUUCUAAGUGCUAUGUACUUAAUAAGAGAGCUUUCAAGCAGAAGAAACAAAAACUGAAAACUAAGGAGGGGAAGUUGAAAAACCGACAGCAGUGGUUGGAGAGCUUCACAGUCCUCUCUCAAGCUGUUAAAACAAGACUAAACAUACACAUCCAUACACACAACACAGUAAAUGCGGAUAGAGAUUUGAACAAUACCUAUUAGUCUCCUGUAGCUGCUGUAACAAAUUACCCCAAAUAUGAUGGCUUCACCCAACAGAAAUCUACGCUGGCAGCUGCUGGGAUGAAAUCAAGGUGUCAGCAGGAGGGUGCUCCCUUCAGAAACUCUAGAGGAGAAUCCCUGUCUUUGCUUCUUCUAGCUUCUAGAGCUACAUUCUUUGGCUUGGAGUCCCUUCCUCUGCCUUCAACACCAGAAAUGUAGCAUCUUGCUUUAGUGUUCACAUUGCUGCCUCCUCUGUAGUCAAAUCUCCCCCGACUUCCUCUUAUAAAGACACUUGUGAUUAUAUUUAGGGCCCACCUGGGUAACCCAUGAUAAUCUCAUGUCAAGAUCAUUCACUUAAUCACACACACAAAGAUCCUUUUGCCAUAUAAGGUGAUAUUUGCAAGUUCCAGUGAUUGGGACCUGAAUAUCUUUGGGGGUCGUUAUUCAACCUGCCACAUUCUACUCAGUCCUCAAACAUUCACAUCUGCAAACCCAGAAAAUCUGAGACUGGUCUCAAUUAAUUCAAAAAGCUUGUUUUGCUAAGGUUGAGCAUGUGCCCCUGACACAGCCUCAGGACGUCCUGACGACAUGUGCCUGAGGUGGUAGGGGCACAGCUUGGUUUUAUACAUUUUAGGGAAACAUGAGACAUCAAUCAAUACAUGUAAGAAGUACAUUGGUUUGGCUGGAAAGGUGAGGCAACUUGAAGCAAAGGCAGGAAGACUCAAAGUGGGGAGGAGUCUUCCAGGUCACAGAUAGGAGAAACACAAAUGGUUGCAUUCUUUUGAAUUUCUGGUAAGUCUUUCCAAAGGAGGUAAUCAGAACAUGCAUCUAUCUCUGUGAGCAGAGGGAUGACCUUGAAGGGAGGGGGAGGCAGAUUUUCCCUGAGUGGUUCCCAGCUGAAGGGAUCCAAGAUGCUUCCCUUUGGCACAUCCAUCCCACAGACAAAAAGCAUUCACCCUAUCCCAACAUCCCCCAAAGUCUCAACCCAUUACAGCAUCAUCUCAAGCCCAAAAUCUUAUCUAGGUAUAAUCUGCUCAAAAGUUCUAAAUCUCAUUGCCCACAUAAUCUAAAUCAGGUGCGGAGGAGACUUUGGGCAUGGUGCAUCCUGGGGCAAAAUCUCUCUGCAUCUGUGGUAUUGUAAAACUAGAAAACGAAUGGUUUGCUUCCAGUACAGGCACAGGAUAAUAGUUUGUAGAUAUUCUCAUUCCAAAAGGGAGAAAAUGGAAGGAAGAAAGGUAUCACUUGCCCCAAGCAAUUUUGAAUUCCAACUGAGCAAACUCCAUUAUGUAUCAAGACCGGGAAACAAUUCUCUGUGGCUUGAGACUCCACCCUCUGGACCCAAGGCACCACCUCAAAGUCAUUGUUCUUUUUCUUGAAGGGUAGCAAAUGUUUGCAGCUGAGUAGUUUUAUCAGCCUGUUUCCUGCCUGUAGAAUUUGGGACUCUGACAGUCUUCUUUCAUUUGAUUCUCUGACCAUCCCUUUCAGUCCAAGCUGGCAGUGUUGCUGUUACACUCUCAAAAACCUUGGUGGUCUCCUGUGUAUGUCAUAGAGAUUUAAUCCAUUAAACAAAAGGGUCCUCCAUAAAUCAUUCCAGCUCUAUUCAUGGCUUUUGCUAAAACAGUUGAGGGACUCACUGUAUCUAAUCACGUAUCUAAUCUCUUCAGCUCUAGAAAAGGUUAUCUAGGGCCCUGUGUGGUGGCUCAUGCCUAUAAUCCCAGCACUUUGGGAGGCCGAGGCGGGUGGAUCACAGGGUCAAGAGAUUGAGACCAUCCUGGUCAACAAGAUGAAACCCCAUCUCUACUAAAAAAUUACAAAAAUUAGCUGGGCAUGGUGGUGUGCGCCUGUAGUCCCAGCUACUCGGGAGGCUGAGGCAGGAGAAUUGCUUGAACCCAGGAGGUGGAGGUUGCCAGCGAGCCGAGAUCAUGCCAUUGCACUCCAGUCUGGGUAACAACAGCGAAACUCCAUCUCAAAAAAAAAGAAAGAAAAAGUUAUCUAGCCACACCUUUGACCUUCUCUCUAGAUCCUGCUUUCUUGACAGUGAAUCUCCAGAAGUUUAACAUCUUUUGCGAUGUGGAGAGUCUGAGAAUUUCCCAGAUCAUCAAGCCUUGGUUUCUUUUUGCUUACCAUUUCUUCCCUCAUUUUAUCUCUUACCUGUCAAAGGUUAUUAUAGGGUAGAAGAAGAACUCAACCUAUACCGUCAACCCUGUGCUUGAAAAUCUUAGCUAAAUACCCAAGUUCAUUCCUUACAAGUUCUAUUUUCCUAAAACUGUAGGACAUAAUUCAGCUAAGGUUUCUGCCACUGCAUAGCAAGGACCCUCUUUCUUCUGAAUUCCAAUAACAUGUUCCUCAUUUCCUCUGAACCUUCACCAACAGCACCUUUAACGUUCACAUGUUUACUAAUAGUCUGUUUAUGACAAUAUAGAUCCUCUCUAAGGUGUUACAAGCUUUCUCUACUGUGCUUCUCACUUCCUCCUGGCCCUCACAAUCUUUCAAAUCAAUAUUUCCAAUAACAGUCUGUUUAAGGCAAUCUAGGCUUUUUCUAUCAUGCUUCUCAAAAUUUUUCCAGCUCUAUUAUCCAAUUUCAAAACUACUUCCAUUUUUUUUUUUUUUUUUUUUGAGACGGAGUUUCGCUCUUGUUGUCCAGGCUGGAGUGCAAUGGAGCGAUCUCAGCUCACCGCAACCUCCGCCUCCUGGGUUCAGGCAAUUCUCCUGCCUCAGCCUCCCGAGUAGCUGGGAUUACAGGCACGCGCCACCAUGCCCAGCUAAUUUUUUGAAUUUUUAGUAGAGACGGGGUUUUGCCUUGUUGACCAGGAUCGUCUCAAUCUCUUGACCUCGUGAUCCACCCGCCUCGGCCUCCCAAAGUGCUGGGAUUACAGGCGUGAGCCACCGCGCCUGGCCACUACUUCCAUUUUUUUUUUAAGAGAUAGGGGUCUUGCUUAUUCAGGCUGGCCUCAAACUCCCGAGCUCAAGUGAGCCUUCCAUCUAAGCCUCCUAAGUACUUGGGACUACAGGUACACUUUUCGAGGUCUUUUUACAGCAGUACCCCACUUCCAGAUUUUUAGGUAUUUGUUAUAACAGCACCCCAUUUCCAGAUGCCAAAAUGUAUAUUCGUUUCCUAUGACUGUAACAAAUGACCAUAAACUGAGUGGCUCAAAACAACACACACAUAUUCCCUCACAGCUCUGGAGGUCAGAAGUCUGAAAUCAGUUUCACUGGGCCAAACCAGGGCCAUGCUCAGGUCGGAGGCUCUAGGAAAAAAAAUCUACUUCCUUGCCAUUUUCAUUUUCUAGAGCGGUUUCUUUCUUCUUUUAUUUAUUUUUUUCUUUUUGAGUUGGAGUUUCGCUCUUGUUGCUCAGGCUGGAGUGCAACGGCACAAUCUUAGAUCACUGCAACCUCUGCCUCCUGGGUUCAGGUGAUUCUCCUGCCUCAGCCUCCUGAGUAGCUGGGAUUACAGGCAUGCGCCACCAUGCCUGGAUAUUUUUGCAUUUUUAGUAGAGACAGAGUUUCACCAUGUUAGUCAGCCUAGGUCUUGAACUCCUGACCUUGGGUGAUCCACCUGCCCUGGCCUCUCAAAGUCCUGGGGUUACAAAUGUGAGCCACUGCACCUGGCAUUUUUUUUUUUUUUUUAGAUGAAGUCUCCCUCUAUCACCCAGGCUAGAUUGUAAUGGCACGAUUGUGGCUUACUGCAACCUCCACCUCCCAGGUUCAAGUGGUUCUCCUGUCUCAGCCUCCCAAGCAGCUGGGACUACAGGUGCCCAUCACCAUGCUUGAAUAAUUUUUGUAUUUUUAGUAGAGAGAGAUUUUCACCAUGUUGGCCAAGCUGGUCUUGAACUCCUGACCUCAGGUGAUCCACCUCCCAAAGUGCUGAGAUUACAGGAAUAAAUCUUAAUCUUACAGAGUAUGUUUUCUUAUGACAACAAUUGGCUCUUAUGAAAUCAAUACUAGGAUAACUAGAAAAGCCCCACAUAUUGAAAAUUAGACAGCAUCCAUAGAACAAGAAGGAAACCACAAGGGAAAUUAGAAAAUAUUUCAAACUGAGUGAAAAUCCAACAUAGCAAAUUUAAGCACUGCAGCUAAAGCAGUGCUUAGAGUAAAAUUUAUAGUACUAAGAGCUUAUACAGUGUUAUAAAAGAAGAACGUUUUAUUUAUUGUAUUUUAUUUUUGAGACAGAGUUUUGCUUUUGUUGCCCAGGCUGGAGUGCAAUGGCGUGAUAUGGGCUCACCGCAACCUCUGCCUCAAGGGUUCAAGCGAGUCUCCUGCCUCUGCCUCCCGAGUAGCUGGGAUUACAGGCAUGCACCACCAUGCCUGGCUAAUUUUAUAUUUUUAGUAGAGACGGGGUUUCUCCAUGUUGGUCAGACUGGUCUUGAACUCCCAACCUCAGGUAAUCUGCCCACCUCCGCCUCCCAAAGUGUUGGGAUUACAGGCGUGAGCCACCACGCCCAGCCAAAAGAACAUUUUUUAAGUGAUGAUCCAAAUUUCACCUCAAGAACUAGAAAAGCAAAUUAAUCCCAUAAUAAGUAGCAGAAAGGAACUAAUAAAGAACAGAAAUUAACACAGUACAAAUGAUGAAUUAACAAAUCCAAAAGUUAGUUCUCUGAAAAGAUUAGUAAAAUUGAUAAACUCCAGUAAGAUCGAUUAUGAAGAAAACGAGAAAAUAUCAGCUAUCAAUAUUAGAAUGAAAGAGGGGCUAUCGUAGAUCCUACAGAUGUUAAAAAGAUAAAAAAUGAAUAUUAUAAAUAAUGGCAUGCCAUUAAAUUCAACAACCUAGAUGAAAUGAGAUAAUUCCUUGAAAAAUACAAAUCAUCGAAACUGACACACGAAUAAAUACAAAAUCUAAAUUGUCCCUUUUAAUAAGUAUUGCCUAUUACAUAUACUGACUUCCUAAUUUAAAACCUUCCCACACAUAAAACUUCAGGUCCAGGUGGUUCCACUGGUAAAUUCUUUAAAACAUUUAAGGAAAAAUCAAUAAUGUUAAUCUUAUACAAACUCUUUCAGAAAGCAAAUGAGGAGGGAAUAGUUUCCAAUUUGUUUGAUGAGAGCAGCAAAAAACUAUCUUGAAAUCAACAUAGGACAAAGAUGCCAGAAAAAAGGAAAAUUAAUCCGAAUAUUCCUCAUGGACAUGGACAUGUGAAUCUUUAACAAAAUAUUAGCCAAAGCAGUCUUGAAACAGAAUGGUUGGAGGACUCAUGGAACCUGAUUUUAAGAUUACUACAAAGGUAUGAUAAUCAAGAUAGUAUGGAAUUAGCAUAUAGGCAAAUGGAUCCAUAGAAAAGAGUAGAUGGUCACGAUUUUUGACAAAGAUAAUUCAAUAGGGAAAGGAGGUUUUAUUAACAAAUAUAGUGCUGGAACUAUUCAAUCAAUGUGUGGGAAAAAGUAAACCUGUCCCCUAUUUCAUAAAUCUAAAUGCUAACACUAGAAAGCUUCAGAACAAACUUAGAUGAAUAUUCUCAUAACUUUGAAAUAGGACAAGUUUUCUCAGAGCAGUCACAAAAAAAGGCACUAAAGAUAACAUUUAAAAUGGAAAAGUAGGCCAGGCAUGCUGGCUCACACCUGUAAUCCCAGCACUUUGGGAGGCCUCAGCCUCCCAAGUGCUGAUUCCAAGGGCCAAUCCCUUGAGGUCAGGAGUUUGAGACCAGCCUGGCCAACAUGGUGAAAUGGCGUCUCUACUAAAAAUACAAAAAUUAGCUGGGUGUGGUGCCAGGUGCCUGUAAUUCCAGCUACUCAGGAGGCUGAGGCAGGGGAAUUGCUUGAACCCAGGAGGUGGAGGUUGCAGUGAGCCAAAACUGCAUCAUUGCACUCCAGCCUGGGUGACAAAGCGGGAUGAGACUCCAUUUCAAAAUAAUAAUAAUUAAGAAAAAAAUUAAGCCGGUGUGGUGGCAUGCGCUUGUGGUCCCAGCUAUUCAGGACACAGAGGUAGGAUCACUUGAGCCCAGUUGUUCAAGUUUACAGUGAGCUGUGAUCACUGGUGACAAAGCAAGACCCUGUCUCUAAAAAAUUAAAAAUAUAGGCAGGGCGUGGUGGCUCACGCCUGUAAUCUCAGCACUUUGGGAGGCAGAGGUGGGCAGAUCAUAUGGUCAGGAUAUCAAGACCAUCCUGGAUAACACGAUAAAACCUUGUCUCUACUAAAAA